ACCGCCCAUUUCACAAUUCACAGAUGCUUCUCUUUGACACAGAAGAAGAACUCAUCAGAAGAAGAAGAAGCUUCUCCGAUCUCUCUUCUCUCAUCUCUAUCUUGAAAUCAAGCGAUCUAGAAGAAUCUGGCAAAAUCUUAGGUGACGAAUGUUGGGACUGCAACGAGAAACAUCCUCGAUGUACAAGAGAACGUCAUCGAGAGAUUAUUCUCCAAUGGUCGACGUCGAAGAUAGCUCAGGUGUAUUAGAGAAUGAGGUUAACAAUGAAAUGGAAACUACAAAUCCUUCAUGGAAGUGUUCUCUUCCACAUGUUCUAGUGGCUACGAUUUCGUCGUUUCUAUUCGGUUACCAUUUAGGAGUUGUUAAUGAACCACUUGAAAGCAUUUCGUCUGAUCUUGGUUUUAGUGGUGAUACAUUAGCUGAAGGUUUGGUGGUUAGUGUAUGUCUUGGUGGCGCGUUUAUCGGAUCUUUAUUCAGUGGAGGAGUUGCUGAUGGGUUUGGUAGACGGAGAGCCUUUCAGCUUUGUGCUUUGCCUAUGAUUUUGGGUGCUUUUGUAAGUGGAGUUAGCAACAGCUUAGCUGUCAUGCUUUUGGGAAGAUUCUUGGUUGGGACUGGCAUGGGUCUUGGGCCACCUGUGGCAGCACUUUAUGUGACAGAGGUAUCACCAGCUUUUGUUAGGGGAACAUAUGGAAGCUUCAUACAGAUAGCUACAUGUCUGGGACUAAUGGCAGCCCUGUUUAUAGGGAUCCCAGUCCAUAAUAUCACUGGUUGGUGGCGUGUCUGUUUCUGGCUAUCAACGAUACCUGCUGCACUACUCGCUCUGGGAAUGUUCCUAUGUGCUGAGUCUCCACAGUGGCUAUUCAAGCAAGGGAAGAUAGCUGAAGCAGAAGCCGAGUUUGAGAGGCUGCUCGGAGGGUCUCAUGUGAAAACAGCAAUGGCAGAAUUAUACAAACUAGAUCUAGACAAGACGGAUGAACCAGAUGUUGUGAGCCUCUCGGAACUGUUAUAUGGUCGGCAUUCAAGAGUUGUUUUUAUUGGAUCAACCCUGUUUGCUUUGCAACAGCUAUCUGGUAUAAAUGCUGUUUUUUAUUUCUCUUCUACCGUUUUCAAAAGUGCCGGAGUACCAUCGGACCUAGGCAACAUAUUUGUUGGAGUUUCAAACCUCUUGGGAUCUGUAAUCGCGAUGGUGUUGAUGGAUAAAGUAGGAAGAAAGCUUCUUCUCCUUUGGAGUUUUAUUGGCAUGGCAGUAGCAAUGGCACUUCAAGUUGGUGCUACAAGUUCAUACUUACCACAUUUUUCGGCGUUGUGUUUAUCUGUCGGUGGCACUCUUGCGUUUGUGCUAACAUUCGCCUUAGGAGCUGGUCCAGUACCAGGUUUACUCCUCCCUGAAAUCUUCCCAAGUCGAAUUAGAGCAAAAGCUAUGGCUUUUUGCAUGUCGGUGCAUUGGGUGAUAAAUUUCUUUGUGGGUUUACUCUUUCUGAGAUUGCUCGAGCAGCUUGGUCCUCGGCUACUAUAUUCGAUGUUUUCUACGUUCUGUUUAAUGGCGGUGAUGUUCGUGAAGCGGAACGUGAUUGAAACCAAAGGCAAAACACUUCAAGAGAUUGAGAUCUCUCUACUAGCCAAACCAUGAAUGUGUAUUCAUUCUCUCUCUCUGUCUUGUCGGUCACUGUUGUAUAAUCAAAUAAAAUGAUUUAAGUUUU